ACCAAAAGAUUUUCGAUUUAUUGUAAUCAAUCCCACUGGACUGUCCCCUCCCCUCCCUCGGCGUGACGAAUCUCCAUCCAUUCCCAUCCAUCCCCUUUUUUCUUCUCUCUCUCUCUCUCUAUAUAGCAAGCACUUGGAGGGGGUUGUCUUUCCGCCACUCGCAUUUUAUAUUAAUCCCCUUUCUCUCUCUCUCUCUCUCUCUCUCUCUCUCCUCCGCAGGAAGAAUUCCUAAUUGGCUUAGGGUUUGUUUCUGGCUUUCUGCUUCGGCUCAUCUUUCAUGUAUUGAAGCCUUUCGAAGAAGACGAUAAAAGUGGCAAUCAAUCAGUAUGCGGUGGUACAGUCUAUCUGUCGAUGUUUUCCGUAAAGUCAUCCCUCUCAACCUAUACUGCCAUGUGAUUCUGUAAAAGCUCGAUUCAAAAGUCGUGUUAUAUCCAUAAUCAUCCUCUUUAUAGCUUUCCUAUAACACCUAUCAGCACCUCUCUUCUUCCAUGGGAUCCACUCGUUUCGUCGUUGUUCCUUGCUAUGUUCGCUGGAUAAGCUAAAGUUUUAAACAAUCUCCGUAAACCCCUCAAGUUUCUGAUUGCAUUUUUCCUAAAUUCCUCGGAUUGCAAUUGUGUGUUUUUGACCUUUCGGCUUGUGAGGUUUCUUGUGAAAAAGUCGGGUGUUUAGUUAUAUAUAUCAGAGUUCAGGAAGAGUAGUUAUGGUGUGCCAAGCAGCUAGCCAAACACGAUUUCGAGCUUUGAAACACGAGAAUGGAAUCGAUGGUUGUGCCACCAUAAUAGUUAGAGUUAUAGCAUGCUUUCAACCCCUCCAAGAUUGCCAGGCAGAGUAUUUUCGCCAUCUUCUUAAACCCGUGACGUAGUUUGUUUGUUUCAUUUCCCGUGGUUUCAAUUUAAAUUGAUUUCCUUUCUAGUUUCUGUGUUGCGCGCAAAGAUACAACGAAGCAAUCAAUUCUUAGGUCAUUCUCGAGCUUAAACAGAAAUGGACUCCGGAUUCGGGUUUCAUCAUCAAAAUCUUGACUUAUUUGGGUUUCCUUUCGACACGGGCGAUCCAAAUGCUUGUCCCAGUUUCGGGAAUCCUUACCUUGUCGAGGAUACAUUUCUGAAGAACACCGGUUCGUUUCCGAUAUCCGGAUUCCAUCAAUUUAGGGCAAAUAUAUCGAAUGAUCCACAAAACUGGCUUAACCGAAUGCCCUAUUUCCCGGAGUCGAAUUCUUCCAUGAGCCCAUUCGAUAUUGGACAACCGAUAAGUCCUAAAACGGUCGAUCUGCCAGCUCAGAAGAGGUUUAUUGUAUUUGAUCAAUCCGGCGAUAAAACAGCCUUGAUAUGUACCUAUGGAGUUGUCAAGAUUCCCGCUCAACUCGAACCUUCUUGGUCUCCGAAACCUUCGAAAAAUCAUCCCCGGGAUAGCAUUCAUCCUUUAUCUCCGUUGCUGGCUGACGGGAAAGUAGACGAAGAAGAUCGACGAAAUCGUUCGGAAGACGAAAUGCAUGAAGACACCGAGGAACUGAAUGCCCUGCUUUGUUCCGACAGUGAUGUUUCGGAGGACGACGAGGAAACGAGCACCGGCCAUUCCCCCAGCUCGAUGACUGAUAAUUACGUGCACGGUUUGGUUGAGGAAUUCGGCGAAGAAGUCGAUAGUUUCUCUGGGCCUACAAAAAGAUCGAAGCUUAACAAUGGAGAGUAUCCUGCGACAUCAAACGAUCGACAUACGAGCCCUUUGAGAAAAACUCCGGUGUGGUUGUCGUUGGAAUACGAUAACGAUGCCCAGUCCAGCUGCGGAGACAGGUCAAAUUCUUCGUCGUCUGGCGGGAAAAGAUCGAGGAAGGAGAAGAUACGCGAGACUGUGAGCAUUUUACAGAGCAUAAUUCCUAGCGCUAAAGGGAAAAUAGCGAUUGACGUUAUCGACGAGGCGAUAAACUAUUUAAGGUCUUUGAAGGCCAAGGCUUUGGGGGUCGAUCCGGUUUGACGCCGUUUAAGGUAUGGAUGAGGUAUUGUCUGAAUAAGUUGUUUCGUGUACUUUAUAGAAUGAUAGGGAUCGGGGACAUCGAAGCGUCGAAGUCUUGUCUUCAAUGAUUGGAUUGGAGACGAGUAGUUUGCGUUUGGUGUUUGAAUAGUUCUUGCAUUGUCUUUGUCAGGACAAUGCUUUCCCAAAGCGGGCGAUUGAUGGAUUCGAUUGCUUUAAGACGUGUGGUAUUUACGAGACUUUUGAUUGAUGAUAGUUUGGUAGGGUCCCGGCGACGAAAAAAGAGUUGUGUGUGUGUGUGUGUGCGUGUACGCACGAUAUGACGUCGGUGAGGUUGCCGCGAUCUUGUGGCUUUGGGAGCUCAGCAGCUCUUUAUUGUGUGGGCUUCAUUGUUUGUUUGUUUGUUUGGUUGGUUGUCUUGUGACAGACAGCCUGUCUGUUUUCUAUCUUCUUUGUUGUCGCUGUUGUUCUACUUCUACAGGAGUCUUGCUGGAUUACGACGUCGUUUGGAUGAUCUUGAUCUUGGGUGGCUUUUAUGUUUGCUGGUUUAUUACGUAGUGGUAGUUUUGUGUAAGAAGAAGUAUGAACAACCUUAGCUAGUUAUUGAGGUUGUUGCUGUUUGUUUGUUUGUUUUUAUUGAAAUGUUGUGUAACUUUAGUGUGGUGGUGAUUUUGCCUUAAGGUUUCUUUUCUGUA